AUGGGGAUGGGGGUUGUUGGUGUGGGUGUUGGGGGGGGAGUUUGUUAUGGUUUGUGGUGGGUGGGGGGAUUUGAUGGUGGGGGUGUGGUGGUGGGGGGGGGGAUGGGAUUGGUUUUUUGGGUUUGUAGUUUAGUGUUUGGUGUGGGUGAUUGGGGUUUGUGUUGGAGGUUUGGGGGGUGUUGGUAUGGGUUAGUUUAUUUAGGGGGUUUGGUUUGA